AUGGGGGAGCCCAUAUUUGAGGAUGAGACACAAGUUAAUGCCUUGCAAGGUUUUCAACCUUAUGCUAAACCAGACCCAUUUGCUCCAACUUACAAUUCGGGGUGGAGGUCACCCAAACUUUUCUUGGAGACAAAAUCAAGGUCAAGGUCCGAGUCAGAAUGCCCAGAAUUUUCAGCAGCCGCAACUAUCAAUCCAGCCACAAUAUUAGCAACAGCAACCGGGAUUCUAUCGCCAGCCUCAAGCACUCAAAGAUUUGAGUCAGUUGAAGCUUCUAUGAAAAGGAUUGAGACUCAAGUUGGACAGCUUGUAGGAACUGUGGGAGAGCUGGUCAAGCAGAACACCAAGGACAAGUUGCCGAGCAAUUCAGAAAAGGCUCAUGCUAUUUCUAUUCUUAGAAGUAGCAAAGUGGUUGAUAACAAGGUUGAAUAUCCACACGCUGAUGAAUCAAGUUCUCAAGAGGCAGAAUUAAGAAAGUCGGGAGAAAAGAAUGAUGAUGCGAAGAAAAAAGAAAAGAAGAAGGAUAAUGGGCUUCACAAAGCUGCUAAUCAUUACAAACCACUUAUACCUUUUCCCAGUCGACUAAGAAAUGCUAAGCAGGAUCAGCAGUUUAAUGAUUUUUAUAAGCUGCUAUCGAAGGUGAAUGUAAAUCUGCCUCUACUUGAUGGGAUUCGAAAUGUUCCGCAUCAACUUCCACCAAAGCAGCGAGAUCUAGGAAGCUUUGUUAUCAAAAUUGCUUUGGGGAAUGGGAAGGAGGCAUCAGUUGAUAGGUCUGUUCGUUAUCCUAAAGGGAUUGUCGAAGAUAUAUUAGUUAAAGUUGGUGGUUUAAUUGUUCCUGUUGAUUUUGUUGUCUUGGAUGUGGAGGAUGUGAGAGAGAAUGGAAAAGAGCACACUUUGUGGUUAGGUAGGCCGUUUAUGGCAACAAUCAACACGUUAAUUGAUGUCAAGAAUGGAACUUUGAAAAUGACUGUGUUGGGAGAAACAAUGUCUUUUUCUAUUCGAGAUAAUAGUGUCAUACCUGCUACAUCUCUUAUGGAAAAUUGCUCUUUCAUUGAUGCUAUUGAUGCUGCGGUCGAGAUGGUAUUUUUGCAGGAGAAUAGCCUUAAUAGUGUACUUGCAGAUUCAGAGGCUGUGCAACUCUCAGAACUUUAUGAGUUGAGGAAUGAGGCGUAUGACAAUGCCAAGAUUUACAAGGAAAAGGUGAAAAAGCUCCAUGAUCGAAACAUUGUGAGAAAGGAGUUACGCCCGAAAAUGAAGGUUCUUCUAUUUAAUUCUUGGAUGCGAUUAUUCUCGGGCAAGCUACGAUCUCAUUGGAGUGGACCAUUUGAGAUUGAAGAAGUUUUUCCAUAUGGAGUGGUCAAAUUAUUCAAUCCGUGGAAAAAAGAAUCAUUUCAAGUUAAUAGUCAUAGAGUGAAGCCGUACAUUGAAGGAGUAAUUCGCCCGAAGGGAGUCGAGUCCAUUGUACUCGAUGAUGUGAUCCAUGAUUGA